AUGGCCUACUUGCUUCGAGCGUGUGUGGUCUGCUCUUCGGUCGGCUCGGAGCGCAUCGAGGUGGCACGGAUCGAGGUGGCCAGGAUGCGAUCCGAUGCGAUUGGAUUGAGAUCCACUCGAGGUGGCGUACCUAUCGCAACCAUACUCAUCAUGAGGGAUGCGUGGAAGGCCCUCAUCCACACCUCAUCAUCACCGCUUGCAAAUGGCGCCGAUGCCGGCUAUUUUGAACCGGGCAUGAAGCUGAUGCGGAUCAGUCGGGAUACGAUCAAUUGCGGGGUAGCUGAUUGGACUUUGAUCUCCGCCUCAAUGUCGGGCGAAGCAGGGAUGGCAAGCCAUCAUUAUGCAUGA